UUCUUUGCAACCACGACAGUCGAGGCAAAAGCACUGAGAGGCAGAGAGGGGAGGGAGAGAGGGAGUGGUCGUGAUGAAUCCAAAGCUAACAGAGGCGUCGCAGCUGUUCGAGCGUUUCAAAUCUGCUCUUGUGAGGAACGAUUUCGAUACCUGCGCAAAUCUACUCUCUCAACUUAAGGUCUUGCUUACAAGAUUCAGAAGCCUACCACCUUUAUUUGAAGACACUCCAAAUGCAAUCCAUGAAUUGACAUUAGCGAGGGACAUAUAUGAGCAUGCAGUUAUUUUGAGCAUGAAAACUGAGGAUCAGGAUGCAUUUGAGAGGGAUUUCUUUCAAUUAAAGCCAUAUUACACAGAUGCCAGUGGUUGCCUUCCUUCAUCUCCUCAAGAGUACAUAUUAUUAGGUCUCAACCUGUUGAGGCUCCUCGUGCAGAACAGAAUCGCAGAGUUCCACACUGAAUUGGAACUGCUCUCAUCUACAGCUCUGGAUAAUCCUUGCAUCAAGCAUGCUGUAGAGCUGGAGCAAUCCUUCAUGGAAGGAGCUUAUAACUGUGUGUUGAGUGCUAGGCAGACUGCACCACAUGAAUCUUUUGUUUACUUUAUGGAUCUUCUUGCAAAGACAGUAAGAGAUGAAAUAGCCGGCUGCAGUGAGAAGGCAUAUGAUUAUCUUUCAAUAAAUGAUGCUCGCCAAAUGCUGUUGUUUUCUUCUGACAAGGAACUUUUGGAUUACAUCAGGGAGGAUCACCCUGAGUGGGAGAUAAAGAACGGAUGCGUGUUUUUCCAGAAGGCAAAGGAAAGCGCGCCUUGCAAAGAGAUACCAUCUCUACAACUUAUCAAUCAAACGCUGAGUUAUGCAAGAGAGCUGGAGCGGAUUGUGUAAGAGAGCUACUGUCUUGGCAAUCAAUGUUUUUUACAGUGUUGCCCAUUUUCUUUUUUGAUUCAGUAUGAUUUAGACUAGUCUUUAUAGUUUAUAUUGUUUACUUUGAUGUCAUGCACUUUUCAUAUUUUGUGAUCGAUUCAUCUUCGAUGCAAAUGCAAAACCAUUUUGAAAGACAAAGAGAUUUCGCA